AUGUCGACUUUUUUACCCGAAUGUUCAAUUUCGCCAAAUUUACUUACAAUAAUCAUAACAACUUCGCCUGUUCCGUCAGCUCCAUCGCCUGGUCUGAUUAAGAAUACUCUUGCUUCAUUACCAGAUUCAUUAUCAGAGGUUCCUAUUGUCAUUACUUUUGAUAAUUUUACUGUUGCCUUACACAAGCGUAGUAGAUUGAAGAAAGGAUGUGUCACGCAGGACCUAGCGGAUCGGUAUCCUGCUUAUAUUGAAAAUGUUCGCAAACUAUUCGGCGAUGUUGCUUGUUCAUCUGAUGAUCCGACAUGCUCGAUCUCAUCUAGCUUAAAUCGUGAUGUAACCUUCCUCGUAUUGAAAAAACGAAAUGGAUUUGCUUUCUGUAUCAAAGCUGCAUUAGAUUACGUGAAAACACCAUAUGUUAUGAUUGUUCAGCACGAUUGGCUGUUUAUAUUUCAUCCACCAAUAUCUCAUCUCUUGUCAAUUUUACAAACCGAAGAUGAAGUACAAUAUAUUGCUUUCCUCUCACGCAUGUCACUAAAUUACGAAACCAGCAAAUGUCAUACACAUCGCUACUAUCAGCAUAUAUUCUCUCAAGCUCGAAAUCUUCGAUCAGAUCGCCCCUUGAGCAAUGAUUUAGUAGCUUGUUUACACUGGUUUGAUAGACCACAUCUAUGUUCUGUCGAAACUUAUCGCCAAAUUUUUGCCAUGCCAAUGCUGAAACGAGGAGAUUUCAUUGAAGACACUUUCGGAACAGCGUACAUGCAAAGCAUGAGGGAUGCACCUACUAAAGAAGCUGCAUUUGAAAAAUGGAAAAAAUGGGGUGCUUGGAUGUUUUAUUCGGGUAAUGGCAAGAAGGUCACUGUUGGUCAUCAACAUGGUAGAAUGAAUUUAUUGGGUGAAAGACAAGAGGAAAGAAUAAAGAGCAUGAUUAAAUUGAAUAUGCAGAAUCAUGCUGCUUUGGCUGGUGAGGAGAAUGGAAUUUUGAGUGAGACGAAUAAUUUUAUUGGUGGAUUCAGUGUUGAUAUUGAGCAGGGCGAUUUUACUUUGUUUUUUAAAUAA